CGUUCUUUAUUCUUGUUGUUGUGUGAGCCGGGUGGCCAGAUGGAACGUGCGGAAAAGUUAGCGCCAUGAAGAGCACAUUGGCAAAGCGAUCAGAACCUGAGGGCUCUGGUGAGGCUUUACCCAAGGAUUCUUACAAGCGAUUAAAGAGUAUAAAUGGGGAUAAGGCAUCAAGCAAGCAUCACACCUUGUGCAACGAAGCAACUUGCCCUGGUUGCAGUACCGGAGAGGUAGAGAUCUGCUUUGUAGGGCCCUCCGCGGGCGGGGAGUCAAAGGCGAUUUCGCCUACAGCCGCGGAUCUCUACCGAAUGGCACUGGAAGAACGGGACGGCGUGUCAGGCGAAACGGAACCAAGUGGAUUAAAACUACAAUGGAAGGGAGUGGAAGAAGAAGAUAAAGAUUCGGAAACGAAGCGAAAGAUUAUAAUCAAGUUAUUUGAGAUGGGUGUUGAAAAGUUUUCGAGUGAGACGGGUAUACCUAUUAAAGCACCUGAGGUGAACGGCUCCAACGUCUCCACGGCAGCCGCUACCAAGAAUGGGGACACCCAACGCCCGGGAUCUGAACGCACGGCUCAUGUUUGCGUCGUGUAUGCUCGAUUUCGGAUGCUAUCUCCCCCUCUCACUCUACAUCCAAAGAAGUGUAGACCUGUUUACAGAGUGUAUUCAGAUAUUGGAAGGAGCAGGAACAGCUUAUUUAUCUACAUGGGGCGCGAGUGCUGCACAAUUUGGAUUGGGAAGGGCAAAGAUGGAAUUGGUGCGGAGCCGGUACACAGACCUUGAUGACGAGGAUGAUGAUCAAGAAAAUGGAAAUGGCGAGUCCCACUAUGUGAUACCGCAGGAUGAGCUCGCAUUGGUUGAAUCGGCAAAGGCGACACUUGCCAAGGGACUUGCAUCCGUAAAGAACGAUGCAGAAGCGUACGCGCGUCAGUGUAUUUAUGCAGCCGGGCUGUUCCGCGACUACGCAGCCGUCCAACGACAAAGACCCACCAGCAAGCGCUCUAGCACCAAUCUAUUGUCUACACUCCGCACCGCACUCGACUAUCUCCAACAGGCCGAAUCAGCCAGUGGCCCCUCUGUCACCUCCAAUGUCCAUGCCUUGGGCUUACGUGGUGCUUGUCUAUACUACCUGGCAGACCACUACGCCAACGGUGAAGCCGAAGCAGAUAGAAAGGAGACAUCCAAAUACGUGACAGAGGCCGAAGCUGCGUUGAAAUCCGCUGUGACACUUUGGGAUAAGAUGCCAGAUAAGCAAGAUGAGCAUGGUACAGAGUAUCUACAAUUGUGGGGUCAGACACUGAUUCUCCUCAGCACGAUCGAGCCCGACGAAGAAGAAGCCGUCCAGUAUUUUGAGACGGGCGUAUCGACAUUGAAGCGUGCCUAUCAAUUAGAUCCAGGCAACGACGAUUUGGAAGAACAGUUGGAAAUGUUGGGAGCGAUGGAUGGAGGACAUGGUGAUGAAGAUGAAGAUGGGUCUUUGCAUGGUGAUGAAAAUGGGCAAGAACAAGAACAAGAUAAAGAGUAAAAAAAAGGGCUGGUUCAAAGCACAUGUACAAUUCUAUUCAAAACAAGUCAACAUUGUCCCAAUUCACGA